AUGUCUAAAGAAAAGGACAAUGAGGUAUUUCAGGAUGCUACCAACGAAGACGUUCGUCUAGAGAACUUGGGGUAUGAACAAGAACUCAAACGGUCUUUUGGCCUACUUAGUAUGAUCGGCUUCAGUUUUAGUGUCGUAACAUCAUGGACGGCUCUGAGUGGUGUCUUCAUCGUUGGUGUAACUUCUGGUGGUCCGCCAGUGAUGGUUUUUAGUUUCAUCGGUGUUAGCAUUUUGACUCUUGCGGUUGCCAUGCCCAUGGCCGAAAUGUGCUCCAUGUACCCCGUGGCAGGAGGCCAAUACUCCUGGGUGGCUGCUCUGGCUCCUCCAAAAAUCGCUCGUGGUCUUUCCUAUAUCACUGGCUGGUUUCUCAUAAUCGGUAUCUUGGCAAUGGGCGCCACAAACAACUCUAUCGCGUCAAACUUCGUGCUGGGAAUGGCAAAUCUCGUGUAUCCAGAAUAUGAAAUCCAGAGAUGGCAAACGGUUUUGGUCGCCUAUCUCGUCGCUUUUCUGUCUACUGCUGUCAACCUCUGGGGCUCCCAUCUGCUACACAAGAUCGCCAAGUUUAUUCUGAUUUGGAAUGUCGGUUCUUUCAUCAUUGUCACCAUUACACUUCUCGCCACCAACGAUCACCUGCAGCCCGCUUCAUUCGUAUUCCAGGAAUUUGAGAACACAACAGGAUGGGGUACAGGGAUGGCUGCAGUUAUUGGUAUCUUACAGUCAUGUUUCGGAAUGUGCUGCUACGAUGCUCCUUCACACAUGACCGAGGAAAUGAAGUCAGCUUCCAAGGAGGCGCCAAAGGCCAUCGUGAUGGCGGUGAUUCUGGGUGCCGUGACCGGGUUUGCUUUUCUUCUUACACUGUGCUUCUGCAUCGGCGACAUCACGAAGACUGCCGAAAGUAGCACCGGUGUCCCGGUCAUCCAAAUUAUUUACGACUCUACCGGCAACAAGGCUGCCACAUGUAUCUUGUCCAGUAUGAUCGCAGUUAUUGUCAUCGUCGCUGGUAACAACAUCCUGGCUGAAAGCUCCCGUUCCAUCUACGCCUUUGCGCGUGAUAAUGGGCUUCCUUUUUCUAAGGUUUUCAGCAAGGUUAACAGCAAGACCCAAGUGCCGGUGAAUGCCGUUCUCCUUACACUCGCCGUGCAGUUGGCGCUGGACGCCAUUGAGUUUGGUACAACAACUGGAUUCGAGACCGUCAUUUCCAUUUCUACCGAAGGCUUCUAUCUCUCUUACGCUAUGGCUCUUGCGGCUCGCCUCAUUGGCUACUACACGGGCCACGUCACCAAGCUCACUGGUCCUUAUGCCUUCUCUACCCCGGUGUCAAUCGGGCUUAAUAUCGUGGGGCUGACUUUCCUUCUCUUUGCUUCUAUCACAUUCAACUUCCCGAGUACGGCCCCCGUGAAUCAUGAGUCGAUGAAUUAUACCAGUGCUGCUAUUGGUGUGAUUGCGCUGAUCAGCCUAAUCACAUGGGUCACUACUGGCCGUAAGAGAUUUACCGGUCCUGGCGCAAUGGGCUUUUCUAGUGAAAAUAACAAUGCCCAAACUGCUUCUCAGCCGGCCGAAGCCAAGAUGGACGGGGAAGAAACCUGA